AAUCUUAUAAUUCCCUCUAGCUAGUUACGUUUCCCUUUGUUGGAAAACAAAAUUAAAGUAUGAGCCAAGAACAACAACCUAUUAAAUAUGGGGACGUAUUUGAAGUCUCAGAGAAACUUGCUUCAAAGCCCAUGUUGCCUAAAGAUGCAGCUACUAUGCAAUCAGCUGAGAACAAAGAGCUCGGUCAUAUUCCGAAAGGCGGUCCGGCGUCAAUUAUGCAGUCAGCUGCUGCAUUGAACCGGCGGUUCGGAGGUGUUGGACGAGAUGACAUGACGGAUGUUGCUAGAAAUGAGGGUGUAGAUGUAUCUCAAGAAGAUUUGGUUGAGGGUACUCGUAUAGUUACUGAAUCUGUUGGUGGAGAGGUUAUUGCACAAUAUACUCAUCCAUCAACCAGAGGAAGUGGUGCUGGUGGUAAAGAAGUGGGAGCUGAACAAUCUCCUACUCCCAACGUUGACGCGGAUGUUGUGACCAUAGGCGAAGCACUGGAGUUGGCUGCUCUUUCAGCAGGUGACAAACCAGUGGACGAGAGCGACGCUGCAGCGAUACAGGCAGCAGAGGUGAGAGCCACGGGACUAGGACAUGUAGUGCCAGGAGGUGUAGGAGCGGAAGCUCAACAUGCAGCCGCCAUCAACACCCGAACCACGCGAGACGAGCAGAAGACCAAGCUCAGUGAUGUUCUCACAGAUGCAACGAGCAAACUUAAAGAGGACAAGCCAGUUACGAAGGAAGAUGCUGAAGGCGUGGUGGGUGCGGAAAUAAGAAAUAAGGCUGAACCGGCUACACAUCCUGGAGGCGUCGCAGCAUCCAUGGCAACAGCUGCCAAUAUGAACAAAGACUAAAUCGUCAUUUCAACACAUCCCAAAAGAAGGCCCCUUUGCUUGCGUUUUGCCUUCUAUUUUAGGUCCAAAUCGUCUAGGUUUAUGUACAUAACGUGUGUUUUCUACAUUUGAGUAAUCCACCUAUGCUGUAGUAAGGUGCAUCUUAGCUUUUUGACUUUUUGAUGUAUGGCACUCUAUAUAGUACUUAAAGCUAAAUGAAUAUUGAUGCUAGUUAUCAAAGUCUA